UGGUAACUACGGCUUUUGUCGGGACGGUCGACCGACAAGGAUGCACGGCCCGCCCAACAUGGACGAGAUGGUCGCUUCGUACCUCACGCUCCGCGGGUACACGGGCAACGGCGCGGGCAUGGGUCCGAUGGGCGUCGGCCGUGGACCUGUCCAGCUGCAGGAGUUUGCGCGCAACAUGGGCCUCUCGAUGGACGCCUGCGCGGCCAACCACGUGCUCUUCCAUGGCAUGAACAAGGCCGAUCCGAACGCAUAUGAGCAUGCGUACUCGAAGCUGCUCCAAUGGAUCGGCAACGCGCUGGACAUGUACAAGCUCGAGCUCCAUGCAAUCGCGUUCCCGCUCUUUGUGCACUGCUACCUCGAGCUCGUCGCCAAGGGCUUCACCGAGCCAGCAAAGGCCUUCUUCCGCCGUCAUGCGAAAGACCACGAGCGUCUGCACCGCCUCGAGCUGCGACAGCUCGGCUGUGUCCUCACGCGCGAGCACUUGACGCUGAACGAGUACGCCAAGCAGGUCUUGCAUGCCAAAUUCCAGGUCAAGCUCAGCCUCCUGACGUUCCAACUGCUGCACACGUUCUUGAGCGACUACCAAAUGUUCCUGCUUCUCUACAUCCUCAACGAGCGCGUCAACAUUGCGGUCACGUCCAACCACCCGUCCUUGCUCAUCCAGCCCUGCGACUCGACGUUGCCGAUGGUCGACGAGGACGAGUCACCUCUCUUUCAAAUGUCAGAUGACAUCUCGCGCGAGGUCGAGCACACGCCGGACGAGAACCACGUCGCGGCGCAGAUCACGAGUGGCCCGUACGACAUGCACCACAUGGUCACGGCCGCGGGUGGCGAGCCGCGCCCGGGCAAAGCUGGCACACUCGAAGACUUGCACCGUAUUCCGAUCCGCUGGGGCGUCUUCCCGCCGCGAAGGGUGCCCAAGGCCAACGCACAGGCGGGCGGUGACGGCAGCGACGGUGCCGACGCUGGUGACAGCCUCACGUCACCUCGCCACCCCGACGGUGGCCCCGACGCGGCCUCUCAGGAUGCCUCAGCCGACAAAUCCAAGCCGGCACCGAAAACGGACGUUGAGAUGGACGAUGCGAGUAGCAAGGCGCAAGAUGCGAUUGUGGGGCCGACGCCCGACCGAUCGCAGCCAUUCCACGCGGAAAUCCUCGAGAAGCUCGUGCUGCGGCAGUCCGCCGACCUCGUGGCCGAGGAGCUACAGAACGUGCAGGCGCGGCUCGAACUCAAUAGCGUGCAGCUGCCGUCGGCCCUCUGUUACACGAUCUGCAAUGCGAACGACCACAUGAACAACGUCGCCUUCAAUGCGUCCGGAAGCGUCGUCGGUGCUGCCUUUGACGACUCGUCCUUUCGCGUGUGGAGCCAAGAUGGCACGGCGCUGGGUGGUUUUCCCAACCACGACAACACAUCGGCCGUGCUGCGCGGCCACUCGGGGCCAGUGUACGGCUGCGCGUUCACGCCCGACUCGCGCUUUGCCCUCACGAGCUCGGCCGACACGACGAUUCGUCUCUGGAGCUUGGCGAGCCGAAGCAACAUGGUGUGCUACCGCGCCCAUAGCUACCCGGUAUGGGACGUGGCCAUGUCGCCGCUCGGCUACUACUUUGCUUCGGCCUCGAUGGACCGCACGGCGCGCCUCUGGAGCACAGACCGCGUCCAGCCGCUGCGCAUCUUUGCUGGCCAUCUCUCGGACGUCGAGACGGUCGCCUUCCAUCCCAACCACAACUACCUUGCGACGGGCUCGACGGACAAGUCGGUGCGCAUCUGGGACGUGCAAUCGGGGCAGUGCAUUCGCGUCUUUACGGGCCACUACGGCGCCGUACACACAGUGGCGUUCUCGCCCAACGGUCGCUACCUUGCCAGCGCGGGUGAAGACGCAUUUGUCAACGUGUGGGAUUUGCACAUGGGGAAGCGCGUCGAUACGCUGCUCGGCCACUCCAAAGCCAUCUACUCGCUCAUGUUUAGCCAAGAAAGCUCGAUGAUUGUCAGUGGUGGCGCCGACCACACGGUGCGUCUCUGGGACAUGCAUCGCCUCGGGCACGACGCGAUGUCGGAGAAGCAAGUCGCCGUGCACGUCAAGCAAAAGCGCAAGACCAACAACCAUGUGCACGGCUCCCGCGCGCUCCUCAAGACGUUUACGACCAAGCAGACGCCCGUCGUGCGCGUCCAGUUUACGCCCCGCAACAUGCUCCUCGUCGGUGGCAGCUUCCAGCCGCAGACCGACGACACCUCUGCGUAGCUCUAUUGAUUAAUCUAUCGUGCGCUGUCCGCGUGCCACGUCAUGUGGUGUUGCCCACCGGUCA